AGCUGCAAUUGAAGUCGAGUCAAUCCAAGCGUCAAUGUUGCGCCCGCCGGUUUUGGCGUUUCUGCUCACGUCUUGUACAGCUUUGAUAUUUUGUUUAGCUAAGGCCGUGUCGUAAUAUUAUGGCAUACGCAGUGAGGUUUGCCAACAGAGCAAGUGCCCUGUCGCUUUUGCGACCAGCGACAACUUUGCCCACUCCCUGCCUCGCACCAAUGUCGGCAAUGAGCCCCAAGCAGGCGGAAGCGACUGAGUCUUUCUUCGAAAAGAACAAGUCACUAAAAAGGCCCUUGUCUCCCCACCUGAGCAUCUAUGCGCCACAAAUGUCAUGGAUGCUUUCGCUGGUACACAGGACAACUGGCUGUGCUAUGGCAGUAGGUGCGUACGGAAUGGGUGUGAUACCGUUUAUGUGCUCCCACAACUUCCCACACUAUGUGGAGGCGCUGCAGGCCAUGCACAUUUCGCCCAUACUCACUUUCCCAGUGAAGCUUGGCCUGGCCUUUUGCCUCUCCUACCACACCUUCAAUGGCAUGCGCCACCUGGCCUGGGAUUUGGGCCUUGGCUUUGGCCUCAAGGAGCUCUACGCUACGGGCUAUCUUGCCAUUGCCCUUAGUCUGGUGAUGGCAGUUGUGUUGGCCUUCAAGUAGACCGCCUGACCACCUUGUGUCUGACAUGCAACACCUAUACUCCGUUUCAUACAUCAGGUGUGACACUGUGGAAGGUAUGCAAGAAGUUCGGUCAGCAAAAUGUACAAGUCCACACGUUUUGCGCUUGAAUUUUGUCACUGUCGAAGUCAUCUGCGUGAUUGGUUCCAGCUGCAUGCUACCAGAACUAAUUGCGGAGGCCAUGAUACAAAAACAAAAAGGUGCUAAGCAAUCCAGAACAACCUACUGACAACCGCAGAACUAACGUGAUUUGUUUAUUUCUAAUGCACAAGGCACCUUCAUUUAUUACCCAGUCUAAAAACUAAACAAAGAAAAAUCACAUUACAGGUGGUAAAAUCGUUUAACUAUUUCUUGGUGCCAACGCAUCUACUGCAACACGUCUUGCUAGCUUCCAUAGCGUUGCACCUGAUGUAUGAAACGGAGCAUAGAGCCCAAUGACAUGGCACUCCCUUCUUCAGGACAAUGCAUAGACAGGAAAAGGUACAACACUCACUCUUGUUGCGUUGGGUCUGGUUUCCUGAUUGUUAAUAAAAUAUCUGUA